GGCGCCCCCGCUCACCCUGCCCUGCCGGCGGCCGUGAUGGAGCCUCUGUUCCCGGCCUUCCCGCCGACAAGCUGGAACACCUCCUCGGCAGCCACCGGUAGCGGCGGUGAGAACUGGACGCUGGCGGGGGCGGUUCCCUCGCCGGGUGCCCGGGCCGUGGUGGUGCCGGUGCUCUACCUGCUGGUGUGUGCGGUCGGGCUGGGCGGCAACGCGCUCGUCAUCUACGUGGUGCUGCGCCACGCCAAGAUGAAGACGGUCACCAACAUCUACAUCCUCAACCUGGCCGUGGCCGACGUGCUGCUCAUGCUGGGGCUGCCCUUCGUGGCCACACAGAACGCCAUCUCCUACUGGCCCUUUGGCCCCGUGCUGUGCCGCCUGGUCAUGACGCUGGACGGCAUCAACCAGUUCACCAGCAUCUUCUGCCUGACGGUCAUGAGCGUGGACCGCUACCUGGCCGUGGUCCACCCCAUCCGUUCCGCCCGCUGGCGCCGCCCUCGGGUGGCCAAGCUGGCCAGUGCCGCAGUCUGGGUCUUCUCGCUGGUCAUGUCGCUGCCACUGGUGGUGUUUGCCGACAUCCAGGAGGGCUGGAACACCUGCAACCUCAGCUGGCCGGAGCCCGUGGGCCUGUGGGGCGCCGUCUUCAUCAUCUACACGUCCGCGCUGGGUUUCUUCGGGCCACUGCUGGUCAUCUGCCUGUGCUACCUGCUCAUCGUGGUGAAGCUGAAGGCGUCGGGUGUGCGCGUGGGCUCCACGCGGCGGCGCUCGGAGCGCAAGGUGACGCGCAUGGUGGUGGUGGUGGUGCUGGUGUUCGUGGGCUGCUGGCUGCCCUUCUUCAUCGUCAACAUCGUCAACCUGGCCGUCGUGCUGCCCGAGGAGCCCGCCUCCGCCGGCGCCUACUUCUUCGUAGUGGUGCUGUCCUACGCCAACAGCUGCGCCAACCCCCUGCUCUAUGGCUUCCUCUCCGACAACUUCCGCCAGAGCUUCCGGAAGGUUCUAUGCCUCCGCAAGGGCUACGGCACCGAGGACGUGGACGCCACCGAGCCGCGGCCGGGCCACAGCAGCCGGCUGCAGGAGGCCGCGCUGCCUGCGCGCAGCUGCGAGGCCAACGGGCUCAUGCAGACCAGCAAGCUGUGAGCACCGAGGCGGCGGGUGGCGGGAG